GGAACUCGCGUGCGUGACACCGCCUUCGCGGCUCGCUCUACCGUGCUACGAGCGAAAUGUAAACACUUUAAAUUAAUCAUAGUAUAGUGCUAACGUUACCAAAAAAUUGUGAUUAAAAGUUACAAAAAAAGUUUUAAAAAAUAUACUUUGUGUACAUAAACACGUGUUUUUUGUGAUUACUGGAGAGUUUUUCCGUUUUUCCGCAUUGUCGAAUUACAAGUUGUUACAAUUCGUCAACAUUAUUGUCAAGAUUUGGCUAUCGCAAAAAGGAUGUGGUUAAGUGAGCCAUGUGAUAAGCAGUGUAGUGUUGGACACAGUAUGUGAACAGAUACACAACAAUGUGGGCGGCGGAGCUUAGCUGUUUCUUCAUAUUGUUCGGUGUGUCAGCCGGCGGCGGAGGCUGGGAGCCCUUAGGGCAGCCAUACUUCGACAACAGCACGAAGAGAGAAGCCACCGCCGCCGUGGGCCAACCCGCAUAUCUCCACUGCAAAGUGCGGAAUCUCGCUGAUAGAGCGGUAUCCUGGAUCCGUAAGCGGGACCUCCACAUUUUGACAGUGGGAGUCCACACGUACAGCAGUGACGCCCGCUUCGCCGCGCUUCACGCUGACGGCUCAGAUGAGUGGACGCUCAGAGUGGCACCCGCUCAGCCCCGCGACUCAGGCGCUUAUGAGUGCCAAGUCUCUACUGAGCCGAAAAUCAGUCUGUCUUUCCGACUUACUGUAGUUGUAUCCAAAGCCGAGAUCCUGUCCGGGCCGGAGCUGUUCGUCCGAGCUGGGUCAGACAUCAACCUGACCUGCGUCGCCAAGUACGCACCGGAUCCACCCAGUUUCAUCUACUGGUACCGCGGGGAGCAAGUGGUUAACUAUGCGCAGCGCGGCGGCAUCAGCGUGGAGACUGAGCAGCGCACGCGCACGAGCAGACUACUGAUCGCACGCGCAGCGCCGCAUGACUCUGGCAACUACACGUGUGCACCUAGCAGCUCUGAGUCUGCCUCGGUGAUUGUCCACGUGCUAAGCGGGGAGCGUCCGGCGGCCAUGCAGAGCUCGGGGUCAACGCCCCCUCGCUUCGACCGGGCCAUCCUCAGCACCGUCUGCCUCAUCACCACCUUCCACCAACCGAACACUUGGAUGCUCUUCAUAAUACCAAUCAUUGCGCCUUGGAUCUCCACAGCCACUCUGCUCAUCACCAUUCUGUCUGCAAACCAAAUAGUUGACAUUAUCACGGCUUGCUCAACUCUAAGGCUGUCUUUAAGAUGACCAAUUUUCAGCCAAAUAGAAUCUUCCCAAUCGUUCUAAACAAGGAAGAAUUGUACAUUUACAAUAUUAGGUAAUUAUAAGUAAUGUCGUUCUGUUAUGUCGAAGUAUUAAAUACAACGAGAAUAGAUUUUUGUAAAAUUCUAAUUUGAAACAAUUAAGUCGAAAAUUAUUAAAACGUUGUCAAUUUACGCUUCCAAAAUUUUAUUUUUAAGAUGAAUCCUUGCAUGACUUGUUAUCAGAAUUUAGAAAUGGUUUAAUAGCAUUAGCGAGCGUUUAUGUUACGAUCGCCCGUUGCGAGAUUAUCUCCAGCUGAAUAUCCUUUGUUUUUUCAGCAACUGCGCUCGUCUUCAUCUAAUAAGUUCCACACCCAUUCACCCCAUGCAUUUCAUCUGUAUAUUUUAUAUAUGUUUUGAAAACUAGAUAGUUUUCAUUUAUAUUAUUCAAAAAAUGGCGUUAUUGGAGAUUUUUGACAAGGUUAUUAUUAAUAUUAAUAACUAAAUUUGAUUUAAAAACGUUUUAUUUUUUUAUUUGCAAAAUAAAUCUAACUUAAUAUUUGUGUUUUAUUAUUAUUUUGAUUCUGUUCGAUUUAUUUACAUGAUAUUAAUAUGAUAUUAAAUUUUAUUCUCACUUGAAGCAGUAACCAGCAACUAGAGAAUAAAAACUCAAUUAAAUAUGUAUUAAUUUCCAUCUGGAAUACCGGUAAAAUAUUAUUUGAAGUAAUUUCAAUAGAAUAAAGGACUGCAAUAACGAACUAUAUUAUUUUCGAACUGUAUCGAAUGGAGUAGAUACCUAAUUAAUAAAAACAGACGUUAUAUGAGCGCGAGCGUUUUCUAGGGGGAGAUUAGGAUUACGCGAACAAACCGAUCUUCCCAAUCUGGUAUAAACCAACAUUGAAUCUAAGCAACCUUAUCUAUGUAAUGGUGGAUAAUCCCGCAGUUGCUCUCUUUACCACGUUAUUUGCCUUCGAUCAAGAUGCGCAAACAUUUGGCGAGAGUAGAAUCUCCUACCAAGAUAAACUAGUCAUAUAAUGACCUACAUGCGUUUUAUCUUAUUUAACAUUAUGCUACGUCUACUUUAAUAUAAUUUUCUGUCUGAGUAGGUAUAUAUUAUGAGAAUUCGUAUUUGAAGACACAAAUUACUUAUUUCAAUAAUCUUCAAAAACAUUUUUAUGCGUGCUGUGUAAAUUUCAUAAUCUACCUCUGCGUCUACCCUAUUUUAUGCAAAUAAUAGUUUAAUAUUGACUGUAUUGAAGAUAAACAGGAAAAAAAAUACUUCAGUCAUCUUUUGAUUAUUACUUGGAAAAAGUUGUUGUUAAAGCAAGAGGUAGCGCACGCGUUUGUUGAAACUUAAGUAUUUCAAUAUUUCACCAUCAAAAUCCAAACUUCGCUGCGUACCUUGUGUUUCGUAUAAUUUUGACAGAGAAGAAAUAUGUUCCGCUGAGAAAUUGCUACGUGCUUUCCUAUCAUUAAACUUUUGCGAGUUAUCAGAAGUAACUCUCGAGAAGUUUCUCUUCCCGCGGUAUUGGUAUUUGUAUGCAUUUACCAAGAUGUAACGAAUACAGACUAAAUGUACUAUAUUAAAGAAAAUAAACACGAAUCGUUUUCUUUUUUAAUUAACUAAUAUAUUAGAUAAAUAAGUUUUCGGUAAGCUGAUGUUACUUGCGACGUAGCAGACGUAAUAGUCACAAUAAGAGUGGAGUUUGAACGAUCGCAUGAAACGUGACGUUUGUUAUACAGAGCGCGAGGUGCAGGUUUGUAUUUCUUAUCUCACUAUCGAUUCGAUUCGAAGUGAGACGCAGCGAACCAAUCACAUUGCGGUUUGGUUAUUCUUGCGCCACAAUAACGCACUGUAAUUGGCUCACUUCGAAUCAACUCGAUGAUGGUGAGAUGUAAAUAGCAAAGUCGCACUACGCAUACAGUACACGUAUCUAACACUGACAUGUAUAUCAUACAGAGAAAGUGCUUGUAAAGUUUGUGUGUAAAGGAACUACUCAACUGAUUUCUAAAAUUUUUCACCAGUAGGAAGCUGCAUAAUUCUUAAGUGACAUAGGGUACAUUUUAUCUCAAUAUUUCCAAAAUAAAAAAGGUUAAAUUCCUGUUAAAUCGUAGUCAAGUCAUAUUACCCCGCAUGAAUCUUGCAACAGUGGCAGUAAAAUCGAAUUUUCAGUAAUUUUUGGUAGUUAAAUGCGCUGUUUACUGUAUGUACGUACAUGUAGUUAUGUGUUCAAAGUGACUAUUAAUACAGACUUCGAUACUGAACCACAGUCAAUGUGCUCACAAGAACAUUUAGUUUCCAAAACCUCCUGAUCCAAAAAUACAUGGAGCUGGUCGUUUCUCGGAAUCUGAUAGACAAUCGGUCACGGGCGAACGAUUGGUUAUUGUUUGGUCUGUGGUGAUCGACACUCAUUCCAUCCAGUUAGAGACCAUUUUGGUCCUAGACAAGUUAAGAUUUAUUUGACAGAAAAGUUAUAUUUUUACGAUAUGAUUGGUCGAUUUUGUGUCUAAAUUUGCAAAAGUUCUAUUUCACGGACAUUCACUGUACGGUUUACUAGAAUUUGGUAACCAGCUAGUUUUCACUAACUAAUAAAAAUGUCUCAGCAAGAUAACUGAUGAGGCUUUCUCUUACUGUAGAUAGAUAUUUUUUGGUACUGUCAUACAUGAGAACUCUGUAGUUUAUUAUGUGUUUUUAUAAUGAUUGUUGCAAGAUCACAAAUACUUAUAUUUAAAUAAAAUGUUUAAAAUGUUGUUUGUACACAAUCAAGCCUAUAUAUUUUUCAAACAAGUUGAGUCAUAAUUAAUCAACGCCAUCAUUUAUAAAAUUAGAACGACCAAAUAAUAUCAAUUUUGUCAAAGACAUUUCUAUAAAAAAUAUAUUUGAUGACAUCGACGUAACGAUAUUAUAUUACCCACCGGGACGCCACAUAUAGGAGAAUAUGAAAUUUUCUGAUAAUUGAUUGAUUUUUACGGUACCUAGUACCCAAAGUAUUAACAAAUUGAAGUCCAUAAACUUAUUAAUAUCAGUAAAUUUAAUUACGAAGAUUGAUGUUGGAUUAAUGAUUUUAUGUAAAGAAAAUUAAUUAUUUUAAUAAUAAACUAUUUCGGAGAAAAAGUAUAUAAAAAAUUGUUUGUAUAAAAAUUAAAUAUUUUUGCCUUUUCUAUAGGACUAUAAGUACGCAUUAUUAUUGCUCCUUCCAAAGCUAAUGAGAUUAGAAAAGUUUAAAGUGGAAAAGUUUUCUUAAAUCAAUUUGUUAGCGUACUUAAUACGACUGGUGUGUUGACACCAAAAAAACAGUUAUGAAGUAAGUAUAUACUUCAUGUUGUUAUUUAAUAUUUGGUAUUGAAUAAUUAUUUUUACGGGAUUGGAUCCCGGGGCGAGCUACAGAUAUGCACAUUGUUGAAAAGUUAAGAAUGAAUCACGCAUUUAUUGCAAACAAUAUAAAAUAUCAUUUGCGUUACGUCUCAAUUUGAUAAACUAAAGAGAACUAGUGCAUUAAAAACCGUUUACAAUUGGGCUACUUGACCAGAUAGAAAAUGCAUGUAGGUAGAAAAUGCAUAAAGUGUUAUAUUCUAAUGUCUGAAAAAAGAUAAAAUUAUGUCGUUUUAAAUUUAUCACUUUUUAAUUAAUUUAAAACUUAUUCAUUAACUCGUUUAUAUCAUAUUAAUUAAAGUUUAAUAAGAAUGUGAAAACUCCAAAAUCGUGACGUCAUAACACAUCGCUGUCAUACAACUACUUUUGUUUUGACAGUUAGAAAAGUAUCUGAUUUGACUAGUUAGAAAGUGGCUAGUUGAAAACGGUUUUUGCAGUUCACAAUUGAGCGAAGUUACAAACUGUAUUUACAAUUUACGGUGGCAUCUAGCUGUUCCGAUUUCAGUCGAGCCAGAUCGGCAAGAAACAAUCUCCAAGCCAGUUGUUUUUAUUCAGCACUCGUCCUUGUACUUAUGUCGAAAAGGCGGGACAAACAAAUUUACGACUCCUUACUAAACGGACGGAAGAAAAUGUCAAGAGACAUACGGCCUUUAGGGCAUUUUAUUAUCGUUCUACUAUUUUCGACAUUUCUGAUAUCUUUUGUAGCUUACUAACUGGUGUUAUCACGCUUGAUUUCUUUGUCGUGGACGAGUAAAAAUGUAAAAUAAAGUUUUCUGAAUGAUCUAGCUCAUAUUUAACAUUUGUAAUUGAUAGAUUAAUGUGAAUUCACAAUUCUUGUUCUAAGAAAAAUAAUCGAUCGAUUGUAUAUAUAGCUAUAGGUGUGUAAAUAUUGGAUGUAAAUAUAAUUAUUUAAUCCCGAUUUAUUGUGAUUUUUUUGUCGGCUUAAAAUCUUUUUACAGUAUUUGUUUCGAUUGUUUGUGCAUAAAAAAUAUAUUUUAAGCUGGUACCAGAUUCACAGCCCUUUUGGUUAGGGACCGCGGAAGUCGACCUAAUUAAUUAUUUUUUUAAAUUUCAGUCGUUAAAGCGUAGUUAAAAAAGGGUUGUGUAUAACUAUAUUAUAGUAGACGUAUUUAAACUGUUAAUUAACAUUUGUAAACAAUACAGAAUAGAAUAAAAACUAUUGCAAGAA